AUGAGCCAGGCGCAGCCCUAUGCCCCGCGGAAGAGCAGCUCCCCGGCGCCCGGGACCCGGAGGAACGACAGCCAGGACUACCUGCUGCUGGAUGCGGAGCCCUGCGAGGAGAGUGCCCUGCCGCCCUACGCCUUCUACCCCGUCCGAGGCAACGAGAACAGACUAGCUCUACGAAGACAGACCAUUCUCCGGGAGAAGGGGAGGAGGCAGGCCAGUCGAGGGCCAGCAUAUAUGUUUAAUGACCACUCAACAAGUCUUUCCCUUGAGGAGGAGCGCUUUUUGGAUGCUGCAGAAUAUGGAAAUAUUCCAGUGGUUCGCAAAAUGCUGGAAGAAUGUCCCUCCCUCAAUGUGAACUGUGUGGACUACAUGGGACAGAACGCUUUGCAGCUGGCAGUUGCCAAUGAGCACCUGGAGAUCACAGAACUUCUGCUGAAGAAGGAGAACCUGUCUCGGGUGGGGGAUGCCUUGCUUUUGGCUAUUAGCAAAGGUUACGUUCGGAUAGUGGAAGCCAUCCUAAACCAUCCUGCUUUUGCCGAAGGCAAGAGGCUUGCACUGAGUCCUAGCCAGUCAGAGCUCCAGCAAGAUGACUUCUAUGCAUAUGAUGAAGAUGGUACACGGUUUUCCCAUGAUGUUACACCAAUCAUUCUGGCUGCUCACUGCCAUGAGUAUGAAAUUGUCCACACUCUGCUGAGAAAAGGAGCUAGGAUCGAUAGGCCACAUGACUAUUUCUGCAAGUGCAGUGAAUGCAAUCAGAAACAGAAACAUGACUCUUUCAGCCAUUCCAGAUCCAGAAUCAAUGCCUACAAAGGUCUGGCCAGCCCUGCUUAUCUGUCUUUGUCCAGUGAAGACCCUGUAAUGACUGCCUUAGAGCUCAGCAAUGAGCUGGCUGUGCUUGCCAACAUAGAGAAAGAGUUCAAGAAUGAUUACAAGAAACUGUCUAUGCAAUGCAAAGAUUUUGUAGUCGGACUCCUUGAUUUGUGCAGAAAUACAGAAGAAGUGGAAGCUAUUUUGAAUGGUGAUGUAGAGAUGAACCUCAGCAAUGGAGAACACGGCCGCCCCAGCCUUAGCCGCUUAAAACUUGCCAUUAAGUAUGAAGUUAAAAAAUUUGUAGCACAUCCAAACUGCCAGCAACAACUUCUCUCAAUUUGGUAUGAAAAUUUAUCAGGUUUACGGCAGCAGACCAUGGCAGUGAAGUUUCUGGUUGUUCUUGCUGUUGCAAUAGGACUGCCCUUCCUUUCAAUGGCUUACUGGAUUGCUCCUUGCAGUAAGCUGGGGAGGAUAAUGCGUGGACCAUUUAUGAAGUUUGUAGCCCAUGCAGCCUCUUUCACCAUUUUUCUUGGUCUGCUUGUCAUGAAUGCAGCUGACAGGUUUGAUGGCACCAAACUCCGACCUAAUGAAACAACAGACAAUGUAAAACAGCUGUUUAGGAUGAAAACAUCAUGUUUUACAUGGAUGGAGAUGCUCAUUAUUUCUUGGGUAAUAGGCAUGAUAUGGUCUGAAUGUAAAGAAAUUUGGUCUCAAGGUCCAAAGGAAUACCUUUUUGAGUUAUGGAAUAUGCUUGAUUUUGGUAUGUUAGCAAUUUUUGCGGCAUCAUUCAUAGCAAGGUUUAUGGCAUUUUGGCAUGCAUCCAGAGCCCAGAACUUCGUUGAUGCACAUAUGAAAGAUCUGACUAGUCCAACACUGGACCCCAGCAUAAAAUACUACACCUUGGCCAGAAUAAACUGGGAUCCGUCCGAUCCUCAGAUCAUAUCUGAAGGGCUGUAUGCAAUUGCGGUUGUGUUGAGUUUCUCAAGAAUAGCCUACAUCUUACCAGCUAAUGAAAGCUUUGGACCACUGCAGAUAUCACUUGGCAGAACCGUGAAAGACAUCUUCAAGUUUAUGGUGAUAUUUAUCAUGGUGUUUGUAGCUUUCAUGAUCGGCAUGUUUAAUCUCUAUUCCUACUAUCUGGGGGCGAAACAAAAUGAAGCAUUCACAACUGUUGAAGAAAGUUUCAAAACAUUGUUCUGGGCUAUAUUUGGACUCUCAGAAGUUAAAUCGGUUGUCAUCAAUUAUAAACACAAAUUUAUUGAAAAUAUUGGUUAUGUCCUUUAUGGAGUCUAUAAUGUUACCAUGGUCAUCGUCUUACUGAACAUGCUUAUUGCAAUGAUCAACAGUUCAUUCCAGGAAAUUGAGGAUGAUGCCGAUGUAGAAUGGAAAUUUGCAAGGGCUAAACUUUGGUUUUCUUACUUUGAAGAAGGGAGAACUCUUCCAGUACCCUUCAACUUAGUGCCAAGCCCAAAAUCUUUGCUGUACCUCCUAAUCAGAAUCAAAAAAUGUAUUUCUAAACCAUUUCUGUGCCAAAAGAAAAAUUUUCAGGAAGAUGCGGAGAUGAACAAGCUUGGUCAAAGGAAGCAGUCAAGUAUAAGAAGCUCAGAUGAAAUUCACUUAAACAGUUUAAACAAUCCUCCAAGACAAUACCAGAAAAUAAUGAAACGUCUCAUUAAAAGAUAUGUAUUGAAAGCUCAGAUAGAUAAGGAAAGUGAUGAAGUUAAUGAAGGUGAACUGAAGGAAAUUAAACAGGACAUCUCAAGUCUCCGGUAUGAACUCCUUGAGGAAAAAUCUCAAAAUUCUGAAGAUCUGGCAGAACUUAUAAGGAAACUUGGGGAAAAACUGUCAAUUGACUCUAAGGAAGAAGAAAGCAAGAGAUAACCAAGAUGUUUAAGAGAAGCAACAGAAUGUUAACAAUUCACUUAAAGCCAUAUUUCUGUUUUUCUCAAGUCUAGCUCACAUUUAUACAGAAGAUUCAGAAAUUAAAUCAUUCCAAUUCUUCAUUGAAAAAACACAGUGACAAAUCCUGUGGGUCUACAAUAGGGAGGGGAUGCCACUUCUGUAAAGAUAUUUAUUCUUUACUUGCUGAAAAAGAGUUAAGUUGAGAUAAUUUAAAUACUCAAUUUACCUCUUUUAGAAUUCCAGUGGAAUCUUGAUAUCUUGAUAAGGCCAGUCAUGACAGAUUAAAAGCAUAGAUCUAAAAUUUUCCUACAUUACUGUUUCUGUUUAUUUUUUGCAAAUUUCCUUUUGUAAAGAUUCUUAGAUAUAUUUUAGUGAAGUAAAAGAGAAAAA